CAGGGAGCAGAAGUCUGCCGAGAUCCCCCGACAAGGAAGCCAAUAACAUGAUGACCAGUGUUAAAAAAGGACCACAAAAUCCAUCUCUUGACCGACCUAAUCUGAGUGAUUUGAGGAUUGUUCUGCUGGGAAGAAUGUAACAGAAAACAACAGAGUGGGAAACUUCAUCUUAGGAAGAGCAGCGUUUGAGAGUGAAGCACCUGCUGAUGUAGAGCUGAACAUUGAGAAACACAGAGGAAAACUGAAGGACAGAGACGUCACAGUCAUCAACCCUCCUCACCUGCUGAGGACAAAUCUGUCAAUCACUCAGAUCACACAGGGAGUGAAAGAGUGUGUGAAUCUGUCUGCUCCUGGACCUCAUGUGAUCAUACUGGUACUGCAGCAGAACGACUUCAGUAAAAAGGACAGACAUAGAGUGAAAUCUGUGCUGAAUGAAUGCAGUGAGGAGGCUCUUAAACACACUAUAGUGUUGACUGAUGAGAGAGAGAUACACAAUAACCGUAUUCAUCAAUUAAUAAAGGAAUGUGGAGGUGGACAUCUUCAGUUUGAUGAAAGAAAAUCAGGAUUGCACUCUGAGAUACUUGAAAGAGUUCAGGAGAUGCUUGAGGAAGAAGAAAUCAAAGUUAUCUGUGACUCGGAAGCGGGAGAAGGAACACCAGAGGAUGAAGAUCAGAGCAGAUCUGGAGGUUCAGUCACAGCAGAAGAAGAGAAGGAUUAUGAUCAUGAAGAUAUUAAAAUCAAACAGAGCAACAAAGAGAAAAAGGAAGUCGCUGUCCAAAUGAAUACCUUGAAUUCAAGAGAGGAUUCAGAUGAUGUGAGGAUCGUCCUGCUGGGAAAAACUGGAGUUGGGAAGAGUGCAACAGGAAACAUGAUCUUAGGGAGAGAAGCAUUUGAAGAAGACUUGUCUCAUGAGUCCAUUACUAGAGAGUGUCAGAGUCGGACAGCUGAGAUCGAUGGCAGACACAUUACUGUGAUUGACACUCCUGGACUGUUUGAUACUAAACUUAGUCAAGAAGAGAUCCAGAGAGAAAUCAGCAACUGCAUCUCCAUGAUUCUGCCAGGACCACAUGUGUUUCUGUUAGUGAUCCCAGUGGGACGAUUCACUCAGGAGGCGGAAAACACUGUGAUGAGAAUUCAAGAGAGUUUUGGUGAACACUCAUUAAUGUACACCAUAGUGCUCUUCACCAGAGGAGAUGAUCUGAAGGAGAAGAAUAAGACCAUUGAAGAGUUCUUGGGAAAACCUGGAUCUGCUUUGAUGAACCUCGUUGGACAGUGUGGAAACAGAUACCAUGUGUUCAAUAAUAAUGAGACUGGAGACCGUGAGCAGGUGUCUACAUUACUGCAGAAAAUCAAUGACAUGGUGACAGCAAAUGGAGGGAGUUACUACUCAUGUAAGAUGUUCAGGCAGAUGGAGAGAGAAAAACAAGAAAGAAAAGAGAAGAUGCUAAUGGACAAAGUGGAGGAACUGAUGAGAGAGAGAGAAGAACUGCUGACCAAACAUGAAGAAGAGAAAGUAAAAAUGAGAAUAAAGAUAGAGGAAGAAAGACAGAAUUAUGAGAAAAAGAUGCAGGAGGAAUAUUACAGAUUUAAAGAAGAGAAAGAAGAUCUUCAGGCUAAACAUGAAGUAGAAAUAGAAAAGAUGAGGAAGAUGAUGGACGAAGAGAGACAGUAUCAUGACACAGAAAGGAGGAAGAGAGAAGAUAAAUUCAGAGAGAAUGAAGAACGAUACAAAAGAGAAAUUAAAGUAGAACAAGAGAAAUGGGAGAAAAAGAUGCAAGAGGAAAAACAGAGAGGAGAAGAAGAAUUUGAGAAAAGGAGGGAGAAAGAACAAAAAAUGUGGGAUGAAUGUUAUCAGAGACUUAAAGAAGAGAGAGAUGAAAUCAAAAGAGAGAAAGAGGAUCUUCAGGCUAAACAUGAAGUAGAAAUAGAAAAGUUGAAGAUGAUGAUGGAGGAAGAGAAACAGAAUCAUGACACAGAGAGGAGGAAGAGAGAAGAAGAAUUCAGAGAGAAUGAAGAACGAUGCAAAAGAGAAAUUAAAAUAGAACAAGAGAAAUGGGAGAAAAAGAUGCAAGAGGAAAAACAGAGAGGAGAAGAAGAAUUUGAGAAAAAGAGAGAUGAAAUCAAAAGAGAGAAAGAAGAUCUUCAGGCCAAACAUGAAGCAGAAAUAGAAAAGAUGAGGAAGAUGAUGGAGGAAGAAAGAGAGAAUCAUGACACAAAGAGGAGGAAGAGAGAAGAAGAAUUCAGAGAGAAUGAAGAACGAUGCAAAAGAGAAAUUAAAAUAGAACAAGAGAAAUGGGAGAAAAAGUUACAAGAGGAAAAACAGAGAGGAGAAGAAGAAUUUGAGAAAAGGAGGGAGAAAGAACAAAAAAUGUGGGAUGAAUGUUAUCAGAGACUUAAAGAAGAGAGAGAUGAAAUCAAAAGAGAGAAAGAGGAUCUUCAGGCCAAACAUGAAGUAGAAACAGAAAAGAUGAAGAAGAUGAUGGAGGAAGAGAGACAGAAUCAUGACACAGAGAAGAGGAGAAGAGAAGAAGAAGUCAGAGAGAAUGAAGAACGAUACAAAAGAGAAAUUAAAAUAGAACAAGAGAAAUGGGAGAAAAAGUUACAAGAGGAAAAACAGAGAGGAGAAGAAGAAUUUGAGAAAAAGAGAGAUGAAAUCAAAAGAGAAAAUGAGAGAAUAAAAGAACAAAUGCAGAAACAACAUGAGAUACUCACAAAAGAAAUCCAGAAUGAGAAAUCUCUGAGAGAAGAACAAUGUAAGAUUUAUGAAGACAGAAUUAAGUUAAUAGAACAACAGAAGGAAGAUGAACUAAUGAGACUAAAACCAGUGGAUUAUGAAGAAGACAGAAGAAAAGACAUGGAGAACAUGAAAAUGUGCUGCUCCCAAACAGCCUCUUCUCUAAAGAAAGUGGAAUUCGGACCAAAAACCACUGAACAGCUCGAAGAACUCUAUGAUAGACUAGAUCUGACAAAAAGUCUGACACAAAGACGUCAAGAUAAAAUGAAGACAGCAGACAUUCUUCAAAUCACCAAGUCAUCAUUUCAGUCUCAUGAACCACAGGAUGAGAAUGAACUGGUGAACUCAUUCCUACAAAAGCUGAUUAACAUAGACUACAGAGCAAGAUACACAGCUAUAAAACACAGAAAGAAAGAAGGUAACAAAGAUAUUCACCCAAUGGAUGUUCAGAUGACCGUGUUUCAUUGUGCUGAUGGUUUCCUGAAGCAGCUGAUGGUGACUAAACUCUCACAGUGUCAGUAUUCACUGCCUCUGCUUGUUCCUGAUCCAUUCACACAACAGAUUGAGUUUCCUCUCUGGACAUUUAGACAAAUCAACAAGAGCUGGAAGAAGAAGAACAGCAACAAUGAGAUCAUCAGUCAAACUCAACCGGUCUACAAGGCUGAGACUCCAAUGGUGGCUUUCUUCAGGUUUGGUUCAGUGUCUUCAUCUAAGUCUCAGCUGAUAAACGGCCUCAUCAAUGAGAAACACCACACGUUCUUCCACAGGAACUGCUCAGGCAGCAGAAGAACCAGAUUACUGAUGGAUGGAGUGGUGGAGAUCGCCUGGUACUGCCCUUCUGGGAAAAAGAUGGAUUCAUUUGAUGACUGUGUUGCUUUCUGUAAUCUUCAUGGUGAUGCAGCAGCCAAUGAGAAACAAUAUGAGAUUCUGACCAGUAUGUCUUCUGUGAACGUCCUCUUCUUACCUGAUUUUGGACAGAAGAACCAGUACAAGGGUUUGGUGAGAUCACUCUUCAAAUCUCCUCAGCCUCUCAUUUGUCUGCUCACUGACAAUGACUGUGAUAAAACUGAACUGGGGGAUGAAAAAUUAAUAAUUGGUCUUUUGGACAAAAACCAAUCUGAUUUAUAUUAUCAGAUUAAAGAGACUAUCAGAGGGGCUUUAACUGAGCAGAAAAAGACCUUCAAACUUGAAGAUGUGGCCGAACACACAGGAAUCAGAGUAGAUGAGGAGGAUCCAGAGUGUCAGAUAGGGAAAGAAGCAGCGGUCCAGAUCAUGGGAUCACUGAGAGGAAAAGAUCCAUCAACAGUGAAGGAAACAAACCUGCUCUGUCAGGGGAAACUGUGGCAUGACUGGUGUAAAAUCAACAAAGAGCUGCGUCACCUAGAAGGAGAAAAUCUAGAGGAAGAUAAAAGUACCAAACUGAAGAACAUGAGAGAAAUAAGAGAAAAGCAAGUGGAACAAGGACUGAGUGAGUUUAUGAGGACAUUUAUUGAAACAAUGAAAUCACAGAAAGACAAUGAAAAAAACUAUUUCCUCAGAUGGAUGAUGAACCUGUUGGAUGACUUCACUUCAGAGAAGCUCUGUGAUCUUCAUAAGGAGUAUGCUGUGAAAUGGCAUGAAGUUUUAGCACUGAAAAAAAAGCCUGACAAUUUAGAUCAACUGCAGACUGAACAAACAAACCUGGAAAACAUUUUAGAGCAAAUCAACAUAACAGGUUUUGGCUUAGAGCACAUCCUGAGAGAGUUUGGUCAGAUCUAUGAAUCGUGGUCAUCUGUGAAGAAGAACAAGAAAGACAAUCUGCAGUUUGACUUCCGUUCUCUCCCGAGUCUUGCAGCAGAGUUGAUGAUCUCUGGAUUUCCCAUGGAGCUGAUGGAUGGAGAUGCUGCUCAUGUUCCUCUCACCUGGGUAACAGCUAUUCUAGAUGAACUUGUUAAGAAACUGGGAGACCAGAGAGUGUUUGUACUGUCAAUUUUAGGGAUUCAGAGCUCUGGGAAAUCCACCAUGCUGAAUGCCAUGUUUGGACUGCAGUUUGCCGUCAGUGCUGGCAGAUGCACCAGAGGAGCUUUCAUGCAACUGGUCAAAGUGUCAGAAGAGAUGAAAACAGAGCUGAAGUUUGACUACAUUCUGGUUGUUGAUACUGAAGGACUUCGAGCACCAGAACUGGCUGGAAGGUCACAUCGUGACAAUGAAAUGGCCACAUUUGUUGUUGGUCUUGGAAAUAUGACCCUGAUCAACAUCUUUGGAGAAAACACAUCAGAGAUGCAGGACAUUCUUCAGAUUGUUGUUCAGGCUUUCAUGAGGAUGAAGAACUUUAGACUGACUCCCAGCUGUAUAUUUGUGCAUCAGAAUGUCUCAGAUAUCGCAGCUGGAGAGAAAAACAUGGAGGGAAGGAGACGACUGCAGGAGAAACUGGAUGAAAUGACAAAAAUCGCUGCUAAAGAGGAAGUCUGUGAUGCAGAAGGAUUCAGUGAUGUGAUUGAGUUUGAUGUACAGAAUGAUGUGAAGUAUUUUGCUCAGCUCUGGGAGGGCAGCCCACCCAUGGCACCACCAAACCCAAACUACUGCGAGAACAUUCAAGAACUGAAGGAAUCUAUUCUUACACAUGCUUCAAAAUCAGAUGGCAUAAUGAUGACACACUUAAGAGACCGUAUUCAAGAUCUCUGGGAGGCUUUGCUUAAUGAACAAUUUGUGUUCAGCUUUAAAAAUUCCCUGGAAAUCGCAACAUACAAGAAACUAGAGACUGAAUACAACAAGUGGGCCUGGAGCCUUCGGAGUGCCAUGAUGGACAUUGAAAACAGAGUACACAAUAAAAUAGAAAAUAAAGCAGUUCAUGAUGUUGAGGAAACUGAUCUUCAAGCAGAACUAAAUGCCAAAAGUGAAGAAUUGAAAAAGACAGUGUCUGAUUUCUUUGAGAAAGACAGAGAUGCAGCUGUACUGAAUCAGUGGAAAGGUUUCUUUGAGAUAAAAAUCAAACAGCUUCAAGAAAACAUUGUGAGAGAAACUAAGAGGAAAUUAAAUGGGGUUCUUCAGCAGCGUCACCUGAAGAAAAAGAUUGAUGAUCAGAGGACACAUCAUGAAAACACACUCUUUGAAAAGAGCAAAGAGCUUGCCUUAAAAUUCAAAGAACAAGCAAAUGAUGAAAAUGUCAUGAAAUCACAGUUUGAUUCCUUUUGGAAACAACAGACAGAGAUCAACAGAGACAAUCUUUUAGUCAAAGAUAUUGACAUAAUAGGAGAUGUGAAAAAGCUCUUCAGUGAGACCUAUGCAAGUCUCUCUUUAGACCGUAUAAAAGAGAGCCGUCAGCAGAAAGAUAUGAUCUGUUUGCCAAGCUAUAUAGAAUAUGUACAGUUAAAGAAAUCCAGUGGAAUCACAGGAGCUUUGAAAAGUGCUUACAAACGAGGUAAAGAGAUGAUUGGUCGUGUUUUAUCUGAGGAAAAUGAAGUCCAGAUAAGAUCCUUAAUCACAGACACCGCUGAACACACAGAUAAAAUGAUUCAGUCAUAUAACAUUGCAAAGAUGAACUACGACAUCAGCUACAUUCAACAACUCAUGGAUUACAUAAAGACAAGAAUAAUGCAGCAUGAGGAAGAGCCAAAAGUGAAAUAUGUGUUCAAGAGAGAAUUCUUCGUGGAUCUGGUACUUUUCAUAUGUCACAGAGCAAACAAGACAUUCACUGACCAACACAAAAUGUUCAGGGAAGCCAAUGAUCCUAUUGUAUAUUGGGGAAGAAAGAAGCAAGAGUACUACAGGAUUUUCCAGAAAUACUGUCAAGGAGCAACAUCAACUGCUAUAUUUGGUGAAUUUGUUUGUAAUAAACUUAAAGAACCUAUUCAGCAGAAUGUCUACAAAAAAACUGCUAGAGAUUUAGCAGAUGAAAUGACAACAAACUGUGAAUCACUAAAUGGGAACCGAUCAAAACUGGAAAAACACAUCCUGAGGACGCUGGCAGAAAAACAGGAUUUCAAAGCGUGCUUGACCUAUAUUAAUAAUCCCAGAAAACACUUCAAGAAAUUCAUCAGAGAAGAAGUCAAUCAGUACAUCACUGAAAGAUUUGAAGACAGUGUUGUACCAAAGAUGGAAAACAGCAUUAAACUGCUGCAGCAGAAGAUCACAAACGCAGCACAUGAAUCCCACAAACAGGCUGUACAGAUCAAUGGAGAUGCUUAUUCGUGGUUGCUUCAUUUCACACAACAGCUCUCUGAUGAGCUGGUAUUGUCUCUAAAUGAUCUCACUGGAGUGAAUCAUGAAGACGUUGAAGUCAGCUUCCUAGAAGAUGUGAUAAAGAAAGAACUUCCUUCUAUAAUGUCUGACAUACGCAGUGAAUUCAGUACAGAAACUUUUCCAGUAAAGCUGGAACACACAGACAGACCAGAUGAGCUUCUGAUCAAUCACUUCUGUCAGUGCUGUUGGGUUCAGUGUCCUUUCUGUAAAGCCAUCUGUACAAACACAAUAGAAGGCCAUCCUGGAGAUCACAGUGUUCCUUUCCAUCGUGUUACUGGACUGAAUGGGUGGUUUUACAGAGGAACAACAAACCUAUCUAUCAGCAUCUGUACAUCAGCAGUAGCCAGCGAUCGAUCUUUCUGUCCAAAUAGCUCAGAUGAUAGAGUCCUCUGGAAGGAAUACAGAAAAGGAGGUCCUGAAUAUGCUUCAUGGAGUAUCACCCCGGAUCUCUCUGAGCUGCCGUACUGGAAGUGGUUUGUGUGCAGAUUCCAGGAAGAUCUGGAAAAGCACUAUGGAAAAACCUUUCAGGGGAGUGGCGAGAUUCCAGAUGAAUGGAGAAAAUACUCUCUAGAGGAAGCUAUUGAGAGUCUGGAUAAAUACAUUUAAUGAAGCAAUUAACAAGGACUCUGAUACAUAAUACACAGAUGAAAUGAGAUUAUGUCCAUACUUCAGUGAAUGUGGCAUAUACUGAACUAAAUAUAGCAUACUGAAGCUGCUCAAAGUAGUAGUUUACAAAAUAGAUUAAAAAUUUUAAAGAUAUAAUCAAAGUGUUCUGUUCUACACAGCAGUAACUGAUCUAUACUUAAAGACAGAUGAUGUUUGAAGAAUACACCAAAUAUAUUUUUAUAUAAUUUUUUUUACACACUAGUUUGUCUCCUGUGGAUGUAUUGCAAGAUGUAUUGUACUGCUCUACAAAUGUCAUUUAUUCGUCAUGCAGCUAUGAGAAAAUGCAUUUCACUAUAUUAACAUGACCAAAAGCAUGCAAAGUUGAAAAUUUUACAUCAUUGUGAAAAUAAAACUUGCUUUCUGUUCUCAGUUAAGUAGUAAAGUGCUGGCUGUUUGUAUUCCACUUACAUACCUUAUCAUUUCUCCCCGCCCUGCUUUUUAAAUAUGGAGACAUCCUUGCCUGCUGUUCCUUAAACAUUUUUUACCUGUUAGCUCAUGACAUUCUUUAAUGUAUCCUUGGCAUUGACUAUAAUGUACCCUAUCUGAACAAUAAAGGUCUGAAGAAGCUUGAACAUGAA